AUGGCCCCCCGCCGAAAAGCCGCCGAGUCACGCAAAAACAACCAGGCAACCCUCCAGUUCGGCACGCAGUCAAAGAUAUCAAAGCCCUUCUCCAAUGCCUCGAUACCCGGCAAGGACUUGAAGCAGAAGUCUCCCUCGCCCAAGGAGAUCUCCCUGCCCACCCACAGCCUGCCAAAGAAGCAGGACGAGGAGCAACUGCAGCUGCAAGAACCUGCCGCCGAAGUCAAGGCUACUCCAGCAUCCACAACUUCAACAGCCGUCGUACACGAGCAGGCCAGAGCCGAGGCAGCGUUGCCAAAGUCGAAGGAAGAUGAGCAGGCAGAGGCAUUGACGGUGAAGCAGCUGCAAGCAUACUGGCGGGCGGAGGAGAAAAAGCGAACUGCCUCGAGAGUGCAUCAAGCAGAUCUAAGUAUUGAGGAGAGGAUUCUACGGCACUUUGACCUGUGCAGUCAGUACGGCGUAAGUAAAUUCAUCAAUAUACUUUCCUGGCAGCAAAAAGCAGCAGCAGAAAAGCAAAAGCUGACUGAAUAUCAUCUGUCAGCCAUGCAUUGGAAUUGCACGGAUAAAACGCUGGAGACGAGCUCAUGCUCUCGGCCUGAAUCCGCCGAUUGAAGUCCUUGCGGUCUUGUUAAAGGAAGAGAUGCGGGAGAAAGCGAGCGAGAAGGCGUACAUAGACGAGUUGCUAUCGUGAUGUCCCGUCACCUUGGGUAUUCUUCCUGAGUACCUCGUUUUUUCUUCUCCUGUUUAAUGACGACGACAGAUGCUCUUCUUAUUACCGCGGCUUGUUCUUUUUCUGUAUUAUUCUAUUUUUCCCCGAGCAUCUGCUUGCUUUGGUCCGUUGGAUCAACUGAUGUUGACUUUGCUUUUGACGCUUUUUGUCAUUUUCACUCGGGGUCAUGGGAUGCUAUGUGUUUUCUGAUAUCUUUUCUUUUUGGACUUCGGCUUGAUACUCGGGAACGCACAAGGUUGGAAUUCAUACUAUUCUUCUCCCAAGAUCUUUCUUUUGACUACUGAGCAGCAGACAAAGCCCAAUGAUAGCGGUAGCAGACAGAUGGUAAUUGGUUGUCUGCAGUGGUCCUGAGCAAUCGGCCGGGCAAGAGGGAGGAAUGCCGACCAAAUCUUCGAAAUGCACCUCGUCCAGCAUCCAGCGUUCACAUGGAAAUUAAGUAAGGGAAAAUGGAAGAGAGGAGGCACACGGGUCGGCGCUUGUUUAAACACGGCGGAACGAAAGAAAAACCUGGGGAA